AUGCCGUUACGCCUGGAAUACCUCAUGAUCCCUGCCACACCGACGACAUUCAUUGGAUCACGACGUAACGACCUCCCUCGUCUGCUCCCUCAGUACUACCCCCGUCCAUUGCCGCCCGUCAGCCUCCGACCAGUCUGCCUCGCAGCCCUCAAUGUUGCGCGCCACGAUCGCAUACGAGCAACAUCUGCUCGCUCUUCCUUUCCUCGCCUAGGAGCCGAUUUUCUCUUCCUUCGCCUCCCCUUCAACCACUCGCCUCCAGCACAUCCGGUAUCACCUGAACCAGGCAACCACGGGCCCCCUCCUCUCCGUAACGUCUCCCCUCACGUCUCCAUCAUGUCUGGGCGCAGGCUAGGUGGAGGGAGGAUUCUUGGCUCCGGAAAGGGCCUGGCGCCACCGAGGCCUGCGAACGCCCCCUCGGCCGCCUCUUCGCUCCAACGAGUCGGGAGUCCUCUCCCUUCUGAUACUAGCUUCGACCAUAAUUCCUCCGACAACUCGCCUGCUCCCUCGACCGGCCUUCCGGACUUUUCCCAGGAUCUCGCUACGCAUAUAAGUAUUGGUAGGCAGGGAACUGCGGAGUCGAGCUCUCAGAAGCUUCUAUGUCCCAUCUGCAAUGAGGAAAUGGUGACACUCCUACAACUCAACCAACACCUCGACGAUUCCCACCAAGAGCUCCCCGAAGUCGAGCAAGACGAAGUAAAAACCUGGUUUGACAAACAAGUCCGAAAAGCGAAAAAAUUCCAGCCCCUAUCCAUAAUAAACCAAAAGCUGCGCGGCCUCGACGUCUUCGAAUCCAACGACUCCGAACCUAUCCCCUCUGGUUCCAACUCCGGCCCACGACCCUCCGACUCCUCCCCCGUCGACCCUGACGAGCUCAUCACAAGGCAGCACUGGCAGCACCAGACCAUCGACGAUCUAUGUACGGACCCCACGUGCGGGCGCAGGCUCGGCGCCGUGAAUGGGAGCAUAAACUGCCGGAAAUGUGGCCGGUUGUUUUGCGAGGAGCAUACCAUGUACCAGAUGAAGCUGUCUCGGUCGGCGCAACAUGAACCUGUCAGGGGAUUCUGGGCGCGGGUUUGCGAAACGUGCUAUAAGUCCCGCGAAGGGUAUAACGAUCAUGACGGUGCAUUGAUAGAUCAUACCCGGGCGUUUACGGAUCUGAGGAGGCAGAGGGUGGAGCGGCAGAACUUGGAAAUGGCGCGUCUAGAGAAGCGGCUAACAAAGUUGACUCGCCUGCUAGCCAACCCUCCGGAGAACGUCACGGCCGGGAACAACACACUCUUGUCGCCGGUCACUGCUCUUACUGGUCAGAACUCAACGCGGAAAUUACUGGAGCAGUCCGUGGUGACGUGGGAGGACGAUGCUUCCGUCGCGAAAUGUCCGUUUUGCAAGCAGGACUUUGGGUCGUGGACGUUCCGGAGACAUCACUGCAGGACGUGUGGCCGGGUUGUGUGCGCGGAUCCGCAGACGGGUUGUUCGACUGAAGUAGGGCUGAAUGUAUCAACCCCCUCGAACAACCCAACCGAGAAGCAAGCCACCCCAGGCCAACUCAGCAUAGACAUCCGCCUCUGCCGCGACUGCAACCGCACCAUCUUCACCAAACGCGACUUCGCCGCCUCCCUCGCCAUAAAACCCCCCGACCAACGCGCCUACGAGACCCUCCGCCAAUUCGAGCGCGGCAUCCAACAACUCAUGGAAGCCUUCCAACGCGUCCUCCUCACCCUCCAACCCGAAGACUCCUCCUCCUCUUCCGCCCUCGCGCGACAACCGCCCACCCACGCACAAAUCAAAGAAGCCUCCAAGAUCCGCAAACGCCUCAUCGACUCCUUUGCGAAAUACGACCUCGCCUCCCGCCGCAUGCGAGACCUAAAAACAACCUCGGAGCAACAACUCCGCCUGCAAAAAGCAGUAUACGCAUCCGCCUCCGCCUUUCUCCACGCCAACAUGCUCCCCCUCAAAUCCGUCCCCCAGAUGCUCCGCAACCACCAGCAGCGUCACCAAUCCUCCCCCCGACACCAACUCCAAUCCCGUCUCCUCCUACAAUCCUCCACCUCCUCCUCCUCCCAACAAACCCUCUCCCCCUCCCCCCUCCGCAACGGCGCACCACCACCCCCCUCCCUCGAAAACAACCACGAAACGGCCAGCCAAAUCAGCGAAACGAGCACCGUCGUCUCCGCCCUCGAGGUCGAGGAGAAGGACCUCCGCGAACGCCUCAUCGUCCUCGAGGAGCAGCGGUUCAUGGUGCGGCGCAUGGUGGAUGCCGCGCGGGACGCGAGGCGGUUCGAGGAGGUUGCGGCGCUUUCGAGGAAUGUGGAGGAGUUGGAGGAAGAGAUUGAGAGGGUGGGCGGGUUGGUGGGGGUUGUCGAGGAGAGGUGGCAGGGGUUGUAUGCUUCGGGGAGUGUGUCUUGA